AUGGCCAAUCUCCAUCAGCAGCAUGUCCUAGUAAUGUACAAGGACUGCCAGCACAACCAUGCGGCCCAAGCUCAAGGCUUCACUCUCGACGGUUGCGGGCUUUUCGAGCCCAACGGGCCAAACGCCACACCCCAGGCCCACUUCUGUGCUGCAUGCCGUUGUCACCGCAAUUUCCACCGUAGGGUUGAGGUAGAUCUCCCAGAUAAUUACUAUUCAACUCAAAAUGUAAACCCCUCAAGCCCAAAUCAGCCGUCCGGGCCACAGGCCCAACAAGUACCCUCCAGCAAUAGCCCUUCUGCUAUUGGAAGGCAAGAAGUGGUGAGUGGGCUUCGCGAGACGGGGCCCGCUAGGGUUACAAACAGAAUAACUAGAGAGCAAAGUGAGAGAAUGAGAGUGAUAGCCGAGAGGAAUGAGUGGAAGAUGUUUCGCGAUCAUUCGGAGGAGGAAAUCCGGCGUAUAUGUUCGGAGGUCGGUAUAACGAGGAAUAUGUUGAGAAGAUGGAUUUGUUAUCAUAGGGCUAAUAAUGCAGUCCGAGCCGUGGAUUUAUCGGGUGAUUGA